GGAGCAAAGUCAGGACGCAGAGCAACAGGUGCUCCCUCAGUCACAGCAUCUACACUUGAUGAAGAAGAGCUUGCAUCAGAACUGCCAUCCAAGAAAAACACAUCAGCAAGAAGACCUAAUAAAGCAGUUUCAGGUUGGAGUGAGGAAGCUCCUGUCCGUAAACCACGAACACGACAACUUGGUGAAGGAUUUGAAACUCUGGAGGAGGACAGACUGAAACAGAAGAGUCCAGAUAAAGAUAACACUGAUGACGAUGAUGAUAUACCAGUUAUUCCAGAGUUGGAGGAUCAACAGGAAGAUGACUUAUCUACAAAGGUUGCUUCAGCUCCCAACGUUGUAGUGAACAGAGUGGCCACCUACAGGGAGCUGGACAAUGAUUUUCUGAAACAGGCAGCAUUCCUGACUAUGGACAAUGAGAUAGAUCUGAAGCUGCUGACAAAAGUUUUAUCACCACCAGAAGACAUUAUAGAGGAUGACAAGCCAUGGGACUGGGACAGACUGUUUACAGAGGUAUCAUCAGACUUAAGGACUGAGUUGGAAAAGACUGAUGAUGAGGAAAAACCAACUGAAAUUGAGCAGUGA